GGGGGUUAAAAAGUUACCAUAUUAACUGUUUUUAGUUUUUGAGUUGUGCAACUGAUCUCCAGUACGUAUUUGACUCCUUUUCAUCAUGGGUAAGGCUAUGAGGAAUUUACUGUGGCGAAAGUCUGGUGGCAUGGUGCGACCCGUUGAAUCAAUUUGCAGUGUGGCCGAUGUUAUCAAGUUUUUGUUGGGAGUAUGGAUGGUCUUGCAGUGCUGCAGGAGCUUGCUGUUGAACAGAGUUUGUGCCGACACCCGGAUGAAUGGAACAUGGCAGGAAAUGAGAAUUCUCAGAGGUGAAGGAAGUCCUUUGUCUGUUUGGAUGGGUUGGACAUGAAGCAUAUGGAGAUAUUGGAGUGCGGUGGGCGAGUAAAUGUAGCUGGAUGAGGUUAAUAGAAGUACUAGCAAUUCUACUUGACUGAUAAAUGGUACACAUCAUAUGUGGGGAAUGUUAGUGGUGCUUGCCGUACUUGCCGUUGUUCAGCAGUUUCUCAGAGUCAAAUGUUUAAGGUUAGAUAUAUUGGCAUUGAUUUCUCAUGUGCUGCCUUGAAAGUUUUAUGAGGUGGAGUUUGAAAAAAAUGUGUAAAAAGGUUUGGUUAUUGGGGGGAUGACAUGAAAUAUUUGUUGAAUGGAAUAAGUAUGCGAGUACAGACGCACGCAUAUGAGUAUUUUAGCUUUUUGUGAUUGGUAUAUUAAUAGCUAUUAUGCUGGUGGUAUAGUCUACCAUUGGUACUUGAAGUAGUCUCUUAUAUUUGAAAUAUAUAUUGUUGCCUUAGUU